AUGCAUUAACAGAUUUUUUUCUUAAAAGACGACAAAGUAAACAAACAAAUCGCAUUACUUCCUGAAAUACACCAUGGAGAACUGCUCUAUGAUUUGUGAUUCCAAUGACGUCGCUCAAGAAAUGGAAAGUACUCCACUAACAACAGUUAACGAUCCUAAUAUUAUUUAUAUAACAAAUAUGCAACAAAUACAAAACAAACCGCCAGAUAAUCAGACAGAUAGUAAACAAAAUAUGUUGACGGAGAUUUUAGGAGAAGUGCGCACGCUAAAACAGCAAAUCGGCAGACUAACAGAGGAAGUGAUAACCGUAAGAAAUGAAGUGCGUCAGUUAAAAUUAAUUUAUUCUGAGGAAAUUAAAACCAAUUUAGUGCCACCUUUACCCAUAAAAACUGUAAAACAGUUGGAAGAAUUACAUAAACAAAUAGAAGAGAACGUGGAUCUUGUAGCUCAAUUGAAAUACGUUAUUGGUAAAGUGGGUGGCGACAGCUCCAACUCGUUUGUCAGGAAUGCAAUUAAAAAAAUGCUGAGCGAUGAUGUGGCUGCAAAAUUGAGUUGGCGUGGAACGAACAGUAAGCCCAGUAUUCAGGAAUUCAAUAUAACGAAAAUUAUAACAAGUGUCUGCCAUUCAAAAUUUCCGAAAGCUGAUGAUGCAGGUAUAAAUAAGGUAUUACAACAACAUUUUGUUCAUGCUGGUGACCGUCUCAGAAAGAGUGACCGAACCAAAAAGAUUGAUGAAGCCAAGAAAAUUGACGAUUUGGCUGAAAAAUAACUUUAUUUUUUAAUAAUUUUUCUAUUGCAUAAUUAUUUCCAUUAUUCAUAUGUAUGUAUUUAUUUUCAUAAUUGAAUUCAAAUUUAUAUUUAAUUUUUUUUUUUUUUAUUUAAAGUUGACAAAAAAUGCCAAUGCAAUAAACAGUAUAAAACGAAUAUCAAUACUUUUUAUUUUUAGCAUAUUUUUAGGCAUUUUAGGAUCAAUUAAAAUCUUCUU